GAGAGAGUGGGAGGGAGGGGGUGAGCACAGAGCCCCAGUCUCUAUUGUGAGAAAGACGAGAGAUUUUUGCAGCGACACACAAACCAUCGUCGAGUCGAUUUCAAGUCGAACCCAAAUCAGGGAAAAAGAAAAAAUAUGGAGGAGGACAUGGAUGAGGGACAAAGCCAAAAAGGAUGCAUGGAGUGCUGUCUGAAGUGUCUGCGUGGGAUCCCAUACCCGUCUCUGAUCGCCACCAUCCUGCUGUACGCGGGUGUGGCUCUGUUCUGUGGCUGCGGUCACGAGGCUCUCACCGGCACCGACACAAUCCUACAAAACUACUUUGAAGUGAUGAGGCCUACUACAAGCUCGCUGGACGUCUUCACCAUCAUUGACAUAAUCAAGUACGUGAUCUACGGCAUCGCCUCGGCUUUCUUCGUCUACGGGAUUCUGCUGAUGGUCGAGGGUUUCUUUACAAGUGGAGCUAUUAAAGAUCUGUAUGGAGAUUUUAAGAUCACCGCCUGCGGACGCUGCGUUAGCGCAUGGUUCAUCAUGCUGACGUAUAUUUUCAUGCUGGCUUGGCUUGCAGUGACGGCCUUCACUGCUCUGCCCGUUUUCGUCUACUUCAACAUCUGGACUAUUUGCCAGAACACCACCAUACUGGAGGGAAAGGAUCUGUGUCUGGACCCACGUCAAUUCGGUGUUGUGACUAUCGGAGAGGUUAAGACAUUGUGUGCAGUAUCUGAGAAUUUCAACAAAAUGUGUACAUCUGAAGAGCUGGAUAUGACCUUUCACCUGUUUGUGUGUGCGCUGGCCGGAGCCGGAGCCGCCGUCAUCGCCAUGAUCCACUACCUGAUGGUUCUGUCAGCUAACUGGGCCUACGUGAAGGACGCGUGUAAGAUGCAGAAGUAUGAAGACUGCAAGUCCAAAGAGGAGCAGGAGCUACACGACAUCCACUCCACACGCUCCAAAGAGCGACUCAACGCCUACACAUAAAGCAGGAAGUAGCACUGGAAGGGGCGGAGCCUCAGGCACUGGCUGCUGCCGUCUAAUGACCAAUGGUGUGUCACAUGCCCAACCCCAUGGCCAACCCUAUGAUUAUUAUUAUUAUUAUUAAUAUUACUACACUUCUGUCUAACUAGUGGUGGAUUCUUUUUAUUUUAUUUUAAUGUACGCUUACAUGAGACGAGAUGUUUAUAGCAUCUUUUUUUUUCGAACCACACUAUAACAAUUUAUUUUCCAUUUUUUAAGACAUCAGUAUUAACGGUAUCUAAUUGCGUUGUUAUCUAACGGGUCGGUUGUAGGACAUAAAGCACAGUUUUUCACGUGAGUUUGUGUUUCAGCGCUUUCCUUUUAAACAAAUUCACACAGCAAUGAAAAGAAAAGGUUUUUAUUUGUUUGUUUGUUUGUUUGUUUGUUUGUUUGUUUGUUUUUAAUCUGUGAGAGUUUUGGCCCUAAAGGAGCAGAUUGCUUGUACAUUCUGCAUUAUUUUGGAAAUAAAAAAAAAAAGUCAAAAAAGUAAAAAAAGAAAGACAAAAUUAGUAAGAAAUGAUGUAAGAUAAAGGGUUUAUUUAUUAUUUUUCUACAGAUAUCAUUACAAAACGUAUCCAGACAAAAAAAAAGGUUCUGAGUUCUUUACUAGCAGACACACAGCCGCAGUGUUUUUACCCCUUUUAUCUUUUAUUUCCUUACAGAUUAUAGCUACAGGUAAGUAGACCUGAAGGUGUUUUUUUUUUUUUUUGUUUUGUAUAUAGUCAUUCUGUAAAUGUUCACACGUACUGUAUGGAAGCACUUCAAUUUCAGGUGAAUUCAUAUACAAACACAUUCCAUGUUACAGGGGAAUCGGGGAGAUGGGUGGAGGGGAGGGGGAGGUGUAAGGGAAAAAUAGAGAGGAAAAAAAAAUCACGAAAUCGUGUUUGUGGAAUUCUGAAAGGGGGAAUGACAGCGAAGUCGAAUAUUCUCUGCUGUAAUCAUCACAGAUGUACAUGUUAAAGCCCUAAAUACACCACAUGACCACAAGACACGGCGACGGCACUCGCUUCUCAAAAGUAAAUAAGCAGUGAGAAAAAAAAAGAAUAAAUAAAUCAGGUUUUUUUUUUUUUUCGGAGACAGCUAACAUGUUAAUAUCAUUUUUAGUGACUUUUUUAAACUAUUAAAACACACACACACACACACACCAGUACUGCAGAAAAAAUGCCAUUGUUUUAAAUUUUUACAUUUUUUUAAUCUGAUCUCAUUAUAUUUAUUUUAAUGACAAUAAAUGAUCUGUUAAUGGCUUUUAAACAGAAUAUAAAAUUGUAAGCAGAUCCUCAUUUCAGGCCUCGUAUCUGGACUGUGUAUCAAAACAACAUCAUUUUCAUUUCACUGAUUUUGGAACAAAAUUUAUGUAAUUAAAAUAAAAUUUGUUCUUUUAAAUUUUUAGGGGGAGAAAAAUGUCUGAGUGAACGAUAAGAUACUGAAGGUCUAAAUGUAAAGUGCUGAGGUCAUUUAGUAAACUCACCUCGCACUAAUGUGUAUCAAAAUAAUCAUCAUUUCUCUGAGCUUUAAAAUAGUCAUUUUUUAUUUAUUUUGAAAUGUUUUCUUUUUAUAAAAAAAAAAAACUCAAUUGAUUUGUGAGCCAUUCUCCGGGUAACACUAAUGUGUGUUGGGAUUUUUACAUUGUUUGUAAAACGGUGUGUGUAUCAGACGACAUCGUCGCCAAUCUCAAGCUCUGAUAUGUACAUCUGUGAUUCCACUGUUAUUACCAUGACAGUCACAUGACAGUCACAUGACUUAAAGUCGUUAUAGUACAGGAAGGAGGAGGCGUGUUAUCAUCUAUUCAUCUGCUCUGUUGGUGUUUAAGAGUUUUUCGUGCACUUAUUCGGCCAUUAUCGUGAGCUCUUUCUCAGUGUAAGUGCAUUGGGAUCUUUAUCCAGAUCCCCAUAAUGAUGUUAGGUGAAGACUGUGAACCUCGGUGUUAAUUGUGGCAUGGUUCAUGCAUUUAAUGGUUACUCGUUUUUAACGGAUCCAAAAUAAAAGGAGAAAAAAAAAAAAACUUUGUUUUUCUGAGUUGGUGAAGUUGCGAGUGUGUCGCUGGCUCAUUCUCUUCUCUCCUGAUGUGCAGUGAUCAAAUCCUCUUCCGCCGCUUUGCUCUCGAUGGUAGUGUUUGAUUUGUUUGUAAGUGUGUUUAGUUUGUGGUGAAGUCCUACUCUGUCUCUCUCUCUCUCUCUCUCUCUCUCUCCUUCUUCUUGCAUUCGUCUUUUGUACACUCCCUGAAGAAUGCGUAGUAGCCCACGCUGUACCAUGACUCUGUUUUGUACAUAAAUGUGCCGACAGCUUGACAGUGGCUUUUCUGAUAUGCUUGCGUGAACUUCAAUAAAUACACUGGUGUAAUUGGUAAAAAA